AAAUAUUUAAUAUAAAAAUGAAAUAUAUACUGCUCUGAUUAUGCACAGUGGCUAAAAUUUGUAUAAUCUCAAAAGUUAGUUUUCCUGGAUUCUGAUGACUGCCUCCUGCAUUGACAGACUGUGGACAGCAGAAGUCUCACCGCAACUUGAGCAAUCUGUUCAUUUGCCAAACUCCUAACCAUUUCAUUAUCUAAGUGGGUGGGUCCAAGCCAUUACCCACCACUCCAGUGAAGCAGACAGAGUAGUUUCAUCUCUGUCUCUAGAGGACUGAAUCAGGUUUUCUGUCGAAGCCUGAAACAUUUAACACACUUGCCUGAAAACACGACCGGCAAACUUAAAGCCUACGUCACUAUUAGCAUAAAGCGCUCUGACAAGAUGUCAUCACAGGAGGGAGCAGAGCUUUCUCCAAAUGCUGGUCCAUCAGAUAGCCGUUUAAAGAACAAAAAGCCACCAAGUCUUGUAAUAGCUAUUCCUCCACCUGAGUUGAUGAUGUCUCACGACCCUGCAAAACAGCCUCUACGUCCGUCUUUAAAAAAAAGUGAAAGCGGUCAAGCAACCGGUUCUGCCUCAGAGAGCUUCAGUGCUGCUGGAGAAGGAGGCUUUUUAACCAGAGACAGAAGGUCCAAAUUUGGUAGACAAGCAUCACUCUCUCAAAGCAUCCGAAGGAAUACAGCUCAGUGGUUUGGCGUGGGGGAAGACUGUGAGACCAAGCAGCAGGUAUGGCACAAAAAAAGUCUGCGCCAUUGCAGCCAACGCUAUGGCAAGCUGAAGGCUCAGUAUAGAGAGUCUGAGACGGCCACCAGCAUUGAUCAGAACCUGGACUCGCCAGCCACACACAAGAUGCCCAAGAUCGUGGAUCCCUUAGCACGAGGACGACCUUUCCGUUGCCCAGAUGAGAUGGAGAGUCACUCCCCUAGGACACCAUGUCCUGCUCAAGGUACUCCUUUCACCCCAGGGGUCACUUCACUCAGCUCAUUCACCAGCCAGCGCUCUGGGCACAGCCACUUCCCAAGACGCAAGAGGGAGUCUGUUGCUCGCAUGAGUAUCCGAGCUGCUUCCAACCUACUGAAGGGUCGUAGUGGGUUAGCAGGUCCCCAGACAGGUCGCAGUUACGCCAGGAGGAGCUUUGCCAGGCCCAGCUGGAUGGAUGAGGAUACUGUUGACUCUGCCGACACAUCUGAGUCACUCUUCUUCAGCAAGACGGAUGCCCACGGUGAACUGUAUUCUAUGGCUGACGAUGUAUUUGAAUCCCCUCCCUUGUCAGCAUUUAUUGCUCCCAGCGAACUGACAGAACACAAGUUCCCAAGCACUAAGGAUGUAUCUCGGGCACCCAAGACACCAACAGUAGUGGCCGAAAAGAUACAGACUCGCCGGGGGCGUCGCAUUGCAUCACAAGUUAAGCAUUUUGCAUUUGACAAACACAAGCGUCAGUAUGGAAUGGGUGUUGUUGGGAAGUGGCUUGACCGCCAGUAUCGACGCAGCCUCAGCAGCAACAUCCAAAAACAACUAGAUGACUUCCACAGUCACAGGCCCUACUUCACCUACUGGAUCACAUUUGUUCACAUAGUGAUCACAUUGCUGGCCUGUUGUACAUAUGGUUUUGCCCCCGUGGGGUUUUCACAACAUUCUACAUCUGAACUGGUGCUGCGGAACAAAGGCAUUUAUGAGAGUGUCAAGUAUGUCCAACAGGAGAACUUCUGGAUUGGUCCUAAUUCAGAGGACCUAAUACACCUGGGGGCCAAAUUCUCACCAUGUAUUCGUAAGGACUUACAAAUAGUUAGUCUGAUUCAGAAGGCUAAAGACCUGGAGAGAGAGUCUGGUUGCUGUGUUCAGAAUGACAACUCUGGAUGUGUCCAGACCCUGCGCGCCGACUGCUCUGAGACCUUGGCCACAUUUAUUAUGUUGAAAGAUGAGCGUGCAGACACCAAUAGGUCUUCUGGUUCUGUCUGCCACCAAGAUCCCAGUGUAUGUGAAGAGCCUGCCUCUGCUGAGCCUCAUACAUGGCCAGAUGAUAUCACCCAGUGGCCGGUGUGCACAUAUCCGAAGCAGUGGCAUCACACAGGUUACAGACACAUGGACUGUCACAUCAAGGGAAGACCUUGCUGCAUAGGGACUAAGGGCAGAUGUGAGAUCACGACCAGAGAGUAUUGCUCUUUCAUGCAUGGCUACUUCCAUGAAGAGGCCACACUCUGCUCCCAGGUCCACUGUUUGGAUGAUGUGUGUGGGUUGCUGCCUUUCCUUAACCCAGAUGUUCCAGAUCAGUUUUACCGUCUCUGGCUAUCUCUCUUCCUUCAUGCUGGGCUCCUACACUGCGUUGUGUCAGUGGUGUUCCAGAUGACUGUACUAAGAGACCUGGAGAAGCUGGCAGGUUGGCUCCGUAUCAGCAUCAUUUACAUCCUUAGUGGCAUCACUGGGAACCUUGCCUCUGCUUUGUUCCUGCCCUAUAGAGCAGAGGUCGGUCCAGCGGGGUCUCAGUUUGGACUCCUCGCUUGCCUCUUUGUUGAGCUGUUCCAGGCCUGGCAGAUGCUGGAGAAGCCAUGGAAUGCCUUUCUGAAACUGCUGGGCAUCGUCAUCUUCCUCUUCCUGUGUGGCCUCCUGCCAUGGAUCGAUAACAUUGCCCACAUAUUCGGCUUCCUCAGCGGCUUGCUGCUUUCCUUCGCCUUUCUUCCAUACGUCACCUUUGGAACUUUCGACACGUAUCGGAAACGAAUCCUCAUUGCCGUCACAAUACUGGCCUACGUUGGGCUGUUCUCCUCCCUCAUUGUUUGGUUUUAUUUUUACCCAAUCAAUUGGCACUGGUUGGAGCAUCUCACCUGCCUGCCCUUCACAAGCAAGUUCUGUGAAAAGUACGACAUAGACCAUAACAUCAAAGACAUUGUGCGUUAGUCACAAUUCUAGAGAUGAUAUGAUUACAACGUCUACUACUGAUGCACUAGCUUUUAGUCAGGUCAACUGAUGCCAGGGGACCUGGCCAUUUUAAGAACAUGACAAUCGAGUCUUUUUAUUAUUUAAUUAUCAAACUACAAGAACAAAGUUUAUGUGAAUGCUCAGCCUGCUGUUUUGCUCACUUGUAUAAACUGUUAUACAGUAAUUCCCAGUGUGGUCUUCUCUGGGCUUGUGGUUCCUUUUAAAUCAGAGGUCAGGAAAAUACACCAGGGAAAUCAAAAUGGCAUCAAGCCAAGUAAACCUAAAGGUGAAACUCUACAAAGUGUCAAAAGAAACCAAGUAAAAGAAAAAGCCUUCAACCUCCCUUUAACUUUAUGCUCAAUAAACAGCUGAGGUGGAAGACUGAUGCCAUGGUGGGCCAUAAGGUACUUUGUAGCCCGCUAAACUUGGAUACAUCACGUUUCCUACCACCAGUUGUUUCUUUUUUUUUGUUUUUUUUAGUAGAUACUCACUUACUGCUGCAUCUAUGUGUUCUAACAAUUGUUAAAUGCGCUUCUAUAACGUUUCUAUUGCUUAACCUUUGUUUUGUAUUUAAGGAUCUGGCAUGUGAAUAUUAUUUGAAACAGUGUCAUGUUAUGCUGAAAAUACUAUACUAUAUUAGCUCAAGUGACUGAAAUAUAUCAGUGCUCAACUAAGGCAGGGUUUCUAUUUAAAACCACUAGUUGCCUUAAACAAACAAUGCCAUUUUACACAGAUGCCUCAUUCUACUUUUGCAACCUGCUUGUGAUCAUGUACUAAAUGAUGAUCAACACAUUUUUUUAUCCUAACUUACCAAAGCAACUUCAGCAACUUCUAUAGGCAUGUUUUCACAAUCAACAUUUGUCAGUCAAACGGUGUUUAAUUGUGGUUAACCAAUAACAUAUUGUUGCCUAAAUGUUGCUGUACAUUUACUGUUGAAAGUAAGUAAUGUGAAGUACUAUUUAUUACUAAUAAUGUAGGACUCUGAGCAGGCAUUUAUGGAUUAAUACAUGAAAAGGGUACUGUCCUGGGACAUAGAAUCAAAUGACACUAAUGUUUUAUGUUUUGCCUGAGCCUGUUAACCUAAAUUAAGUUAACAGUUCAUUUCAGAAGCCCUGAUACCAGGAGUGAAGUGUUUCCUCACGCCAGAAUUUGCAGGUCAUGUUCGUUUGUUGUUCAGGAUUCUGGCGUGCGUUGACGCUAGCCCAUAGGAAAGCCGCAGUAAUUACUGUUGUGUGUUGGAUUAUGAGUUUCUAAGUGAGUUACAGGAUUAUGUGAGUCAGUCUGUGGGAGUGACUCAGUGGUCACUUGGGAAGAGUUGAUCGCAUGAGCAAUUAAAAAGCAUGUGUAUGGGUAAGUGUUACACUACUACAGUCCUUGGUGGCAGCAACGCAUCACUGUCUUUAGAGUGUGUGUGUGUGUGUGUGUGUGUGUGUGUGUGUGUGUGUGUGUGUGUGUGUGUGUGUGUGUGUGUGUGUGUGUGUGUGUGUGUGUGUGUGUGUGUGUGUGUGUGUGUGUGUGUGUGUGAAACACAGGACACUGUCCUCAUACAGUGAGUGGGCACGCUUCUGUUUUUAGAAACCACUUUACUGUGCCUUCUGAUGAGAGCAUGUAACAACCCAACAUAAUCAUGAAAGGACACGGCAAUCACAGGUGGGUUUGUUGGGACCAAAUGACUUUACGUUUUUCUGUUUAUUGAAAUUAAAGGGAAAGUUUUAAACAUAUUUUAGUUCAUGCUUCAGGUACUGUUGUGAUUUUGAUUUAUAUGUACAAAUGUUCAGUCAUAUCAUAAUAAAUAUCACUUUAGUAUGAAGUGUUUAUGUGAAACUUCA